UGAGCUUUGAACUGGAAAUUCCAUAUUUUGAAGAUUACAGAUCAAAUCCAUUUUACAUUAAUCCAAUCCACCUCUUAAGCAUUGUCUUUGGUCCCCCUUUAGCAUCCACAUUUAUCAAAUCAAGAUAUUUAAAAACAUCAGAAUAUUUUUAUGUAAAGGUAUGCUGUUCUAAAGUUAUAUUAUUCAGCUUUUUUUUAACUUGUGUUCUCCUCUAUUAUUGUUCCUCUCCUGGUAUUCUCAAAUCUGAGUACUUGAAACCAACAUAUCUAUUGAAUGGAUCAGGGAAUCUGUCCCCUAUUUUCCAUACACAACAACUAGGUAUCACUACCCGUGAUCCAGCUCCCAGCUUUCCCCAUUCCAAGAGGACAAACUGCAUGUACGCUGCGUGCCUAAAUCCCUUUUUGACAUCUCUGUCCAUGUCAUUGGGGUCAUAGUCUACAUACCCUAACAAGUCCUCCUGAUAGGCCAUAGAUAUGGCCAGAACAGUGGUAUCAAGAACCCUUAUCUCAACCUCCUGAAAAUAAAAGAAAAAAAAAUUCCCUUUAAAUCACCAUUAUUAAACAUUCCCUGUAACAGAAGAAAUCCACAUAAUUUAGUUGGGUUUUGCCAUAUGACAGUACAUCAAAAAGCAAUUCCUGCAUUUUUUAAUCCAUAUAUUACAAAAUAGCCUUUUUUAUUUUUUUCGUUGAUAACAUACUGAGAUGUGUCAUUUCAUGAGCUAUUGGUCAAUUGAUUUCAGCAUGCCUCACAACAAUUUUAUUGGAAUCCAUGAAUAUUGUAUUUUGAGAUACAUAAUUGUAUCAUGUUCAAUACGGAACCAUCUCAAAAUAUGCUUGUGUCUAAUCCAAUGGAGUAGUCUUUGGUAAUGGUUUGCAAACUACCACAAUACUUACCCUUGUUAUGCUUAACCGGU